AUGAAUAUAAGUGAGUUGGAAUUUUUUAAUUAUGCUAAUAAUCUGAAAUAUAUAGAAACAUUAGACAUAUUUUCAAAAGAAUGGUUUGAAAAUCAUAAGAAUAUUGUUUUUAUUAAUGUAUAUUUACACAGUAAUAAUGAUAUACUAGAUAAUAUAGUAGAUGAAAGAAUUAAUGCUAUUGUUAAUAAGUUUGAAACGUUACUUAAAGAAAUAAUUACUAUAUAUUUUAUAAGACUUAUAAAUUUUGAAGAUAAAUAUAAAAAUAAAAAGGAAUUUUUAUCAGAUGAAGAAAAAAAAGAAUUAAAAAACAAUCAGCACACUAAAAGAAAUGAAGAUACAGAUGUAUGCAAUAAUUUUCGUAUUUCUAGUUACAUAUCACUUUAUCAUGAAAUGUCUAUUCUAAACAUUUUCGAAUUCCUUUUAUUUUCUGAUUCUAUUUAUGAAAGUAUAGAUAGCUAUAUGGUAAAUUUAUUUGCCUAUAUCUAUUCUAAUUUAGUAGCCUUUUUAAAAACAAAUUCAGACGAAUAUUUUGUUAAGCCUAUGAACGAAUUGUCUAUAAGUGAAAUGUUAAAUGAAGAAAAUGAUAAAACGUAUAAUAUUGAUAAAUUAAAAAUAUAUAUAAAUGUUAUAAAUACUUUAAGAAAUAUAACUGAUAGAAUCCAUCUUUUAAAUAAUACAGUUGUUAAUAAAAUAGUUGACUAUGAUAUUUUAUUAAUAUUAAUACCACUUAUGGAAAAGAAGCCAUGGAAACACGGAAAUUACAUAUUUGAAAAAAAUGAAUGGAUUAAAAUUGAGGAUAAUGUUUUAGCAACUGUUGAAAAACAAUUGUGGUUAAUUUUAUAUACUCUAAUAUUAAAUAAAAUUUGUCAAGAAAAAUAUGAAAUGACAAAUUACAGAAGGAACAAUAUUUUAAAGCUAAGAAAAUAUAUGAAUGAAAGUUUACAUGAACAGAUACCACCUCUCAAAACACUUCAUAUAUUUAUAGAACAUUUAUAUAUAUCGAAGAGCAUUUAUCCUGAAAAUAAAAAUUCUUAUUUAAUUAUUGAUAUGGUUCCUGAUAUUUUUGACGAAAUAAAAAAUGAUAUUUUAAAAAAAAAAAAAGAUAUAAUUUCUUUGUUGAAUAAUGUUAAAAUUGAAAAAGAUAUUUUAGAAAAUAUAUCUAGUGUAUACUUUUCUAUUUACGAAUUUGAUCAUGAGAAUAAUAAAAAAUAUAAAAAUGUUUCUAUAAAAAAUAAUAAUAAAAAAGUAAUUUCUGAAGAAUACUAUAUAUGCAAUAAUUGCAAAGAAAGUGCUGAAUUACAGUGCUCACAAUGCAAAAGAAUCUAUUAUUGUUCGAAAGAAUGUCAAAUGAAAGACUGGUUUAAUCAUAGAGAGGAAUGCUCAAAAGAAUAA